UGCUGUCACAGGGAGAUGCUAAAGCGGUGUCUGGACAGGGGCGUAAAACAGCCAGCUGGUGCUAUGCAUAGCGUUAUUUCCACAGCCGUGUGCACAAAUAAGCCAGUUUGUUGAAAUAAGGAACUCCUAUCGCACUGAUACAUGAGUUGUGAGGAAAGACUGCAGCGGUUACCGAGGAGAGACGAAAUCGCAGAAAUGAUUCAGCCUACUACAAGAUAUCGACCAAUUUAACCGGCUUCGACAGCAGUUCUGUAAUGCAAUGAGGAUCACCAGAGUGAAGCUCUGAGGACUCAGAGACAUGAACUCGAUUUCCCCGAGUGCAGCGCAGUACGUAGGGGGAGUGAUGCAGGAUGAUCUGGUGGAGAGCCGGCGACAGCAGCCCCUGGAGCGACAGGGCAGCUUCGGUCUCCGGCUGCCACAGACGCAAGACCCGAGCCGAGAGUCAAGCGUAGAGCCCGACGAGAUGGACAAACUGAAAGCUAAGCUGAUGUCUGCGUGGAACAACGUCAAAUACGGAUGGACUGUAAAGUCUAAGACCUCCUUCAACAAAAUAUCGCCUGUCACUGUCUUGGGACACUCCUAUCUACUCAACAGUGAAGAUGAGGUGGAGCGGUUUAGUUUGGCUUUCGUGUCCAGGAUCUGGCUCACAUACAGGAGGGAGUUUCCACAGCUGGAGGGCUCCACGUGGACCACAGACUGCGGCUGGGGCUGUAUGCUGCGCAGUGGGCAGAUGCUGCUGGCACAGGGACUCCUGGUCCAUUUGAUGCCCAGAGACUGGGUUUGGCCUGAUGCUCAGCAGCUAACCGAUGUGGACUUUGAGUUGUUCAGACCGCGUUCCCCAGCCCGAGCAGGAGGGGUUCCCAUCCCCUCUUUUGGCUCUCCACGAGGGCCCAAUACUCCUGAAAAGUCCAUGUCCAAUGAUCAGGCACCCAGAUGCAGCCAGAGGAAGAGACCUGAGUAUGUGAAGGACAAACAGGCAGAGCCCAUCCACCGCAGACUGAUCACAUGGUUUGGGGAUCAGCCUCCUGCACCUUUUGGGGUUCACCAGCUGGUGGAAAUCGGCAAAAGUUCAGGAAAGAAGGCUGGUGACUGGUACGGACCCUCUAUAGUGGCUCACAUCCUACGGAAAGCAGUGGCCAAAACAUCUGUAGUCCAUAACCUGGCAGUAUAUGUGGCUCAGGAUUGUACUGUGUACAAAGAGGACGUGGUGCGUCUGUGUGACCUAUCACUGAACCAGGCUCCCCCUGAUUCUUCCAACCAAACCUGGAAGUCUGUCAUCAUACUCGUGCCUGUACGACUGGGAGGGGAAGCCCUCAAUCCGUCCUAUAUUGAAUGUGUGAAGAACAUCCUAAAGCUGGAGUGUUGUAUUGGAAUCAUCGGAGGCAAGCCAAAACACUCACUUUACUUCAUGGGCUUCCAAGAUGAGCAGCUGCUGUAUCUGGACCCUCACUACUGCCAGCCUGUGGUUGAUAUCUCGCAAACCAAUUUCUCACUGGAGUCUUUCCACUGUAGCUCUCCAAAAAAGAUGCCCUUCAAUCGCAUGGAUCCCAGCUGUACCAUUGGUUUUUAUGCCAAGAACAAGAAGGACUUUGAGUCCCUCUGUUCUGCUGUCAGUGUGGCCCUGUCUUCAUCAAAGGAGAAGUAUCCCAUCUUCACGUUCGUUGAGGGCCAGGGUCAGGAUUAUGGACUUGAAGGCCACAGCAGUAAUCACAGUGGACCUGCAGCCCACAUCCUGCCCCCAGGGGGUAAACAGGGCAGCAGGAGUACCAACAGAAGAAACAGUGAUGAGUUUGUCUUUCUGUAAGGAUGCUCUCUCAGCUCUCACCUAUAGAGGGCAGGAGAGGACAUUUCUUUUCCUUCAAAGGGAAGGACUUCUGUUGAGGUGCUGCUGUAAGGUGACGCCUUUGUGCUUUAUCGCCUUCAAUGGAAAUAAAAACUGUGGCUUCUGUCAUCACCUUUGAGUGGUGAAGGAUAAAAUAAGCUAACGAGCAUUAGUGGAUACUGGCUGGAGCGUUAUUUUACUGUGCAAAGGUAACAUUUCGAAAUGAAUAAUGGAAAAAAUGUUGAUUCACUUGAUCAGGGCCCAGAAAAGCCUCAAAGUUGAGCCUGUCUGGGUAAAGUUAAGCUCUAUACAGUAGUCUGAUUACACUCUUAUUACUGUGUUUCUGUCCAGGAGGAAACUAGAUGCACUGAAGGUGAUACAUAAUGUUGUCUUCGAGAUAUUUAAUUAGCUCAUUGGUUUGGUUGGGGAGGGGUUGCCUGAUAUUGUUCUUGACUUGUAUUAUAGACCACCUGCUGUAAAUUUCUUGUUUAUUUUCCAUUCUUCAUGUGUAUUUAUCAGAUUGAUGAAAGUGUGUAUGAGUGAGUUAGUGUGCUGUAGUUAAUUUGUUUAGACUUUAUUAAGUAUUUUUGGUGUUUAGAAGUCUUUCAAAGAGGUUUUAAAUUCUUCCAAGUUUAAUCUUGAACAGAUGUAAAUUCAUUCUUAUGUUGCACUCUGGCUCAAAUUUCACACAGCUGACUGGAGUCUUAAUCUCCCACAUGCUUUGGCUCUCCUUAAUUGAUCAUUAAAUGUAACCAUGUUCCCAGCAACUGCUGUUACAGUUCUCAUAAAGGGCUAUUUGAGUUGCAAUGUUUAGAGCUAAGAGAAAUAAUCCCUUCAAUUGAAAAAGAAUGAAUGUGUAUGUUGAUAAAAAGUCACUCAUCAGAUUAAGAUGGGUUAUUAAGAAAUCUGAGUAUUUGCAAUGUUAAAUCUCAAACCCUCUUGGUCCUUAGGGUGAGGUUCAAAGUUUUCUUGGCAAAUUGUUCAGAUGUUAGGGCCGGCUAAAGCUAAAUGGUGUUUUUACCUGCAUCUUUAUGCCUCUGUUGCAAUGUCAUUCGUGUUUUUUGUCCCUUUUUUACAUGAAAGCUACUACUGCAAGUUGCACUACUACUGUUUGUUGUCCUGAUUAAACUUCACAGCACUGGA